AUGGAGCAGCGCGGCGGCGGACGGGCGGCGCCCCCCGGCGGCCACAGGAGGCACUACAGCGCGCUGCUGCCCGCGCUCUGCCUGGCGCUCGCCCUGCUGCCCCCGGGCCGGGCGCUGCCCCGGCGGCCCCCGCAGCUGAGCAGCUCCCGGGACAUGCUGGCGGCAGCCAACGCCUCCCUCCAGCGGCUGCAGGACCUCAGCAUCCUGGGAUUUGAGUGUACUCUUGAAGAGGUCGAUCUUGAAGAUAUCACUAAGAAUCAAACCAACACGAUAAAAGCUUGUACAUCUGAGGAUCCAGAGACUGGAAACUGUCCAGUACUGGAAAGAUCUACUUUUGAUAAGAGUAAAUGCCUGCUGGGCAUCUAUGAGGAUCUGAAUGCCUACAGGGCAGAGCUGAGGAACUUCGAUGAUCAAAAGCUGCUGGCAACUAUUGAUGAAAUGAUGAUGGCCCUGAAUACCAGCAGCAGGAGCGCUCCACGGCUGCCGGCGGAUACGGGGCCAGUCUCCUUCAAGGACAGGAUGAGGCUCUGCAGCAUCCUUCAUGCCUUCCGAAUCCGCACAAUCACCAUCAACAGGAUGAUGAACUACCUGACCUCUCUGGAGAGCUCGCUGUAAGCACCAAGUCCUCGAGCACUCAACGUAUAUAUUUAACUUAAGGAUGAUUUUGAGAGAAAAUAGUAGGGUCAACGCCCUGCAAGGUGGUUGUGGGCUUUUUAGUAACUGUGGGCAUAAUAUUUCACAAAGUUUCUUAUAAAUCAUGUUUUAGCAAGCUCUUGUCAGUGCCUUUUAAGCUAUCAUGUUAAACUUCAAAUUUCUAGAAAAUAAGCUACAUCGCAGUACCAAAAUGUUCUCAAACACCCAACUGUAAUUCAU